UUUUGUUUCUUAUAUGGCGAGAGCUUCUACAUUUAAAAAGUCAUGAAAUUACCCCCACGUCUUUGAUAUGAAACAGGUAGACCUGUCGUCUGUCAUGGUCAUUUUCUAUACUUGUUGAUUGUCGUGUUUCGGAUCUCAUAAAUUUUGCUCUGUACAAUUCAGAACACAAACUUGUUCACAAAAUUGCAGAGAGGAAUGUGGAUAUGUUCAUGUCCUUUCCUACCUUUCCCAUGAAGCUUACCCUAAUCAGAUACAGUGGCAUGUUUGUAUCAAACACUUUCCCCCAUUGUGUAAUUAAUCUGAGAGUUGUUUCAUUACCUUUUGUUCCAUGAUCUGACUGCAUUGAGAGAUUUCCUUUUCAAACAAGAAUCAGAAUCAGAAUGAAGGAGGACGGUUCAAAAAGAUCAAGCACCUUUGCAUCUUGUAUAGUGGGUGCUUUAUUUCUGGUGUUUAUAAUCAUCAUACUGCUCAUUCUCUUCUUCUCCCUAUUCAAGACCAAGGAUCCCAGAAUCACAGUCAAUGCUUUACAGGUCCCUGAUUUCCAUGUCUCCGACUUUCCAGAUCCAGGAAACAGUACUGUAAAUUUCACCAUUUCAGUUUAUCUGACACUCAAGAAUCCCAACAGGGCAAGUUUUAACUACUAUGAUAGCACCCUGCAGCUCAAUUAUGAGGGCGACCAGAUUGGAUUCAUGUUUAUUCCUGCAGGGAAAGUGUUGUCUCAGAGGUCUCAAUUUAUUGGCAUAACUCUGCCUGUGGAGCCCUUUUCUGCACAUUUCAAUCCAGAUUAUGACCCAACUCAGGGAGAUAAUAAUACCAUUUUCAUGUCUUUGGAGGCCAAUCUUAAAAUGGCAGGGCGUGUGAGGGUUCUGCAUGUGUUCACUCACCAUGUUCAGGCCUCUGCACACUGUGAGGUUCAUAUACGUAUACAUGAUGGCUCACUUAGGAGCUUUCAUUGCUGACAAGAGAAGCAAAAAAACCUAUGGAGUUUUGAUUUGUACUAGAACGGCGUUUUCUUUGUUCAAAAUGCAUUUGUGAUUCUUCUGUGUUUUGGAGUUAGUCACUGUUGAAGGCUUCAGCAGCUUCCAUGUCUUGAUUCUGGUAAGUUAAUUUAUUGGAUCUCCUGUAAAUAAGGGGUAUAAUUGAGCUAAAUGUUUUUAUUUGCCUCUAGGAUUUAUGGGAUUAAAUGAAAAUAAA